GGAACGGGGAAGAAAGGGGAGAGCUCUGUGCGCGUGAGGCUAAGGCUGGGCCGGCGGACGUGAGGAAUUUAGUGCGUCGGGACCUCAGGCCAGGGCCACCAGGAGCCCGGGGCCCGCGUCCCCUGGCGUCCCGGGCGUCUGACCGAGGAGCGCAGGGGCUCGCCCUCCGCCGCCAUGCGGAAGCCGGACGGGAAGAUCGUGCUGCUGGGGGACAUGAACGUGGGUAAGACGUCGCUGCUGCAGCGCUACAUGGAGCGUCGCUUCCCGGACACGGUCAGCACCGUGGGCGGUGCCUUCUACCUGAAGCAGUGGCGCUCCUUCAACAUCUCCAUAUGGGACACCGCAGGGCGGGAGCAGUUCCACGGCCUGGGCUCCAUGUACUGCAGGGGGGCGGCGGCCAUCAUUCUUACCUACGACGUGAGCCACCCGCAGAGCCUGCUGGAGCUGGAGGACAGGUUCCUGGGCCUGACGGAAACAGCCAACAGCGACUGCCUGUUCGCCAUUGUGGGAAACAAAGUGGACCUGACCACGGAGCGGGCCGAAGAGGGCGGGGAGAAGGACGGACAGGCCUCGGAGAAGGAGGGCAGCUGUGUCUCCAAGGUGCCCAAGCAGGUGCAGCCGGAGGAUGCAAUGGCCCUUUACAAGAAGAUCCUGAAGUACAAGAUGCUGGAUGAGAGGGAGAUGCCAUCUGCUGAGCAGAUGUGCUUUGAGACCAGUGCCAAGACCGGGUACAACGUGGACCUCCUGUUUGAGACCUUGUUUGACCUGGUGGUGCCUAUGAUCGCGCGGCAGAGGGCUGAGGAGCCUUCGAAGGUUGUGGAUAUAGCCAGCUGCAAAACACCCGAACGGACUAGAUCUGGGUGCUGUGCCUGACGGCAGGAGGUCUCCCUCGUGUCGUGUGCCAUGUGUGGGAGAAGUUUUGCAGGACACUGCGGACAGCGGGCAAUUUGUGGAAAUGACUCCCAGCUGCUAUUACAGGCCAGAGUACCCAGAAGCCUCCGGGUAUCCAUCCGGAGGAGGCCGCAGACCCUCUGCAGAGGCAGCCUGGUGCCACCUGUCUGCUGCCCUGUGCGUAUCUCCCACCCCCAUGGACCCUGUAGUCUGAGGACCUUCCUUGGACUGGCUUUGACUCUGGCUGUCUAUACAGCCUGUACUGUGCCUGCUUUCAGAGGCUUGUCUCCACUGUGAUUCCAGCACCGUCUCCCUGUUUGAUACCUGAACCUUGAUGCAUUUUGAUGAUGAUUCUCUACAUUUAAUUUAUAUAAAAUCAGGAAUGAAUGGCCAUUUUUAUACUGGGAAAAGCAGGCUACACUUAUUAAAAGUGAUUUUGGGAAAA